UAAGGAAGACGGAAAAAAAACAAGCAGUUUAAACAACGUCACUUCCGCCAGCCGGAAGUGGGCGUGUCUUAAACUGUCAACCAACCGAAGAACAACAAAAACAAACACAACACCGAGCGAGGAGGUUCUGGAGACGGGCUGGGACCAUGGAGUCAUCCUCUGAUGAAGAGGAGGUGCGCACCUUCGUCCAAGUCCUCAGUGAGAAAUACAACCCAGAUAAUUUCCCCUACGGCAAAGGAGUCAUGGUGAUGCCCAGCCCGCCAGGAUCUCCCGUCAAAGAUUGCCUGUUCUUGCCCAGCAUGCUGGUUCUGAGUGGAACUGGAAUCCGUAAAGCUGGUGACCAGACAGACAUCGCUGCUUUCUGUCCCCAUGUGGUCGAGCUGGACCUGUCCCACAAUCAACUCAACGACUGGACAGAGAUCUCCGCCAUUGUUUCCAACAUCCCCCACCUGGACCUCCUCAACCUGAGCAGGAACCCUCUGAGGGGCGUAGAGCUGGAGCCCAGCAUGGCUGAGGUGUUCUCCGGGGUCCGAAAACUGGUCCUCAUCAACACGCACAUCAGCUGGGACACGGUGCACACACUCACAGGACACACACCAGAGCUGGAGGAGCUCUUCCUGUGCCUGAACGGCUACAACACUGUGUCCGAAUCCCAGACGUCCUGUCCGUCGCUACGCCUGCUGCAGAUCACAGAAAACCAGCUGCAGGAAUGGGCCGAAGUGAGGAAGUUUGGGCAGAUGUACCCGAGUCUGAGAACACUGAUUCUGGCCAACAACAGCGUGGACGCUGUGGGCGACACUCAGGAAACACUGCGGCGGCUCUUCCCCAACCUGCGCAGCAUCAACCUCAACAACUCCGGGCUUAGUAGAUGGGAGGACAUUGAGAGGCUGAGUUGCUUUCCUAAGCUGGAGGAAGUCAAAGCAAAGGGGAUUCCUCUAUUGCAGCCGUACACCCCCUUCGAGAGACACAGCCUCCUCUUAGCACAGCUGCCAUCUGUCGUGUUGUUGAACGGGAGUGCGGUGUCGAAUGGAGAGAGGGAGGAUGCUGAGAGGCUUUUCAUCCGGUACUACCAGGACAACCCAGAACAUGAACUUCCUCAGAGGUACCACAUCCUCGUAUCCAAGUACGGUGAGUUGGCCCCGCUGGCGGAGGUGGACCUAACCCCCCGCGACACCAUGGUGAAUGUUCGUAUCGGUGACAGGGUGGAGGCCGUCGGCCUCUGUCUGGAGCAGACGGUGGGCGACCUGAGGAAACACCUUCGAGCUCUGCUGCAUCUGCCCACCAGGGCGAUCCGGCUCUUCUACAUCAACCGGGAUAUGUGUUCGGUCUUCGGACCCGAGGAGUUGAGGUGCGGCAACCGGGCGCUCCAUUCCUACAGCAUCCGAGACGGGGAUGAGAUUCUAGUUGUGCCAAAAGUGAAAAGCCGCUGCAGCUCCUCAGAUUGAGUCCGGAGGCUCUCUGGGACUUCAGGAACGUUGGAUGAACACUUACUCUGACUUGAGCCUUUUUUUUUAGAUUAAAAUAAAAAGGCGAUAUCUUUCAGCCUUGAAUGUAAA